AUGGAAUCAGAUUUUCAGAUUGCUUUCGAUGAGUGUUUGAUAUUACAAGAUAGGAUUUGUGUUCCCAAAGAUACUGAGUUAAUUCAGAAGAUUUUGCAUGAGGCGCACAGUGGUUAUUUGUCAGUUCACCCUGCUCAGAAACAUGACAGUGAUUUGCAAGCCAAAAGAGCCCAAUGUGAAUCGCGUAUGGAAUCAGAUUUUCAGAUUGCUUUCGAUGAGUGUUUGAUAUUACAAGAUAGGAUUUGUGUUCCCAAAGAUACUGAGUUAAUUCAGAAGAUUUUGCAUGAGGCGCACAGUGGUUAUUUGUCAGUUCACCCUGGUAGUACAAAAAUGGAUAACGACUUGAAGAAAUUAUUGCAUGGAGUGCCUAUUUCGAUUAUAUCAGAUAAAGAUCUGAGGUUCACUUUGCGGCUUUGGAAAAAGUUGCAAGAAGCUUUAGGUACAAAGUUAAACUUUAGUAUUGCUUUUCACCUGCAAACUAAUGGUCAGUUUGAGCGAGUAAUUCAGAUUCUUAAGGAUAUGCUCCGGUGUUGUAAUCUUGAAUUUGAGGGUAGUUCGGAAAAAUAUCUACCUUUGGUAAAAUUUGCCUACGACAACAGUUUUCAGUCAAGUUUGAAAAUGACACCUUUUGAGGCAUAG